CGUGGGUGUCACACAGCUGGGCGGACAGUAUUGAGUCCCACACGUGGAGCCUCGGACGGCAAUCAACGUCAGUUUAUCAUUGCCAUGUACCUCGUCACGUGGCCUCUUCGUGUAUACCUCGCGUGGAGCGCUCUCAGCGCCGUCUACUUUGCCGGCGUCCUGAUUGUCCCCUUUGCGACGUGGAUGCGGCCGGUCGUUCCGCACGCCGACGUCUAUACGAGCUGCGCGCUCGGCGGUCUCUGCGUCGUCAUCGCUGGCCUCGUCCGCGUCCGAAUGGCAAACAAACUGGCGUCGCUCGCGCCGCUGCUUGUCGUGCUGUUUACUGUGUUUGUCCUUUUUGGUGCCAUCUUUAUCCUUGCCUUCUCGGAAUAUUACGCGGUCUUAUCCGUGCCAUACGAACGCGCCCAGCUUGAAAAGAUCGAAGCUGGCGUCGUCGGCGAGUUCUACUACGACCGCGGGUACCUCACCGACACCAACUCGGACUGCUCGAUGGUAACCUGGCGCGAACGGGAGCGGCUCUCGGCCUUUGAAGACGCGCACUGCGCCAAGCAGGGCAAGGCGUACUGCAACGCCUUUUCCCUGCGCAAGACGCUUUUCCAGCCUCUGAUUUUCGACAACAAGACCGAGCACGAGCGCAUCGCGGCGCUGCUCCAGACAUCAUCGUUCUUUGGCGUCACGAUUGACGAUCACACGACACUCUCCCAGUUUUGCGCGUCGGUUGCCCCGAGCGUGCUGACGAGCGAGCCAUCGCUCGACGUGGCGUGUGACGGGUGCCGCGCCCUCGUCGCCGCGCCCGAGGAUACCUCGAGCCUUGGGAACUGGGUUUACGAGCACUGCCCGUUGACGACCGUCGAUCCGAUGGCGAGCUACUGCAUCAUGAGCGCCAGCGCCAAGCUGUACCCGUACCUUCUGACCUACCCCGAGGCCAAGCGCUGCCGCCGCUCGAUUCUCCGCCUCAACCUGGUCAACCGCGUGCUCAUUUGCUUUGGCGAAAAGUUUGAUGCGGCGCUUCAGUCCUACACGGAUGCGAUGGCGUACGUCGCGGUCGUCCUCGCCGGACUCGCCUUUGUGCUCUUUUUCUGGGUCUCGGUUGCGCAAAUGAAGCGCGACGCUAUCGAUGCUGACGACGAGCUCAUGCUGGAGGCCAUGCUAAAUGCGCGGGCGUCUCAGCAAUAACGUCAUUUAGCCGUUAUAAAUCAGAAAUUAAAUGUUUG